AUGCCUCCAAGACGCGCACAAGUUCAUAAUCAAAACGAGGCCAGCAAUGAAUCCCAGAAUAGUGUGGGACCCGAGGGACAACCACCACCACCUCCACCACCACCACAGCCAGAACGAAAUAUUGAAAAGGAAUUUCGAAAAGAAUGCCCUCCGUUGUUUGAUGGAAUGGGAGAUCCGGCCAAGGCUGAAACAUGGAUACGUGCCAUAGAGCGCAUAUUUAAAUUCCUAAGGUGCACCGAUCAGGAGUGCCUAUCUUGCGUGAUCUACCAGCUCUCUGGGUCCGCAGAAUAUUGGUGGGAAACCAAGCAGCGAACGAUGUCGCGUGAACAACUGGACGCACUAACUUGGGAAAACUUCAAGGAAGAGUUAUAUGAUAAGUACAUUCCGAGGAGUUACCGUAAAGCUAAAGAGGCCGAAUUUUAUAAUAUGAAGCAAGGGCGGAUGACAGUGACUGAAUAUGACCGUGCCCUAUGUGAUAUGUCUCGAUAUGCACCGGAGCAGGAAGCGAUGCCACGGGAAAAGACAGUUACACCUACUACUCCAACACCACCGACGCCACAGCAGAAUUUCCGAGACAAGAGAAAGUGGGACGGGAACCGCGAACCCUUUGACAACAAGAGGUUCCAGGGUACCCCAAAUUCUGCCCGGGGUAAAGGAAAGCAAGCUACUCUAUACCAAAGUGGAGAGUGCCGUCAGAGAGCACCUCUCUGCGCCAACUGCCAAAGGAAUCAUUUGGGUGAAUGCAGAGUUGGGACUAAUGUGUGCUACAAAUGUGGUGGAGUUGGACAUUUUGCCAAAGAGUGCCCGAGCAGCAACAAUGCUGGUUAUGAGAAGGCUACAUGA